AUCACAGACAACCACUAGGAUCACAGCUAGCGGUCGGCAUGAACUUUCAACAAGUAAAACAACGACAGCCGAUUUUAUAACAACAAUCCCGUUAAGGGCAACCACUAGGACCACAGCUAGCGGUUCACAUAAACGUUCCACAACUACUACAACAACAACGACCGCUGAUUUUACAAGGACCAUCCCAACACAGAGAACAUCAACAGCCGACAUUACAACCACAACUCAACUACUGGGGACCACAGAAACAGGCAGAACCACAGCAUUAACUAUGGACAGAACAACAGCAAGCCGGCCACGGAGAACCACCAGAAACACAGCUAGCGGUUUACAUACAGGGUACACAGCCACAACACCAAUAGCCGACAUUACAACCACAACACCACUACUGGGGACCACAGAAACAGGCAGAACCACAGCAUUAACUAUGGACAGAACAACAGCGAACCGCCCACAAAGAUCCACCGGGAGCACAGCUAGCGGUUUGCAUGCAAUUUCUACAGCCAUUACAUCAGCCAGAAUUACAGCUAUCACUCGACUACUGAGGACAGUACCAUUGCCUGGCACGAACACAGCAGAACAAACUCCACACAGAACAUCAAAUAUAGACAGGACAACAUUAAAACCACCACAGAGAACAACAGAGGACAACAGAACAACAGCUAGCAGUUUACAUACACCUUCCACGGCCACAACAACAACUGCCACCACCAUAACAUCAAAUAUAGACAGGACAACAUUACAACCACAACAGAGAACCACUAGGACAACAACUGGCGGUUUACGUACACCUUUCACAGCCACAGCAACAACUGCCACCACCACAACGUCAAAUGUAGACACUACAACAUUACAACCCUCAUACAGAACCACCAGGACAACAGCUAGUAAUUUAUAUACACCUUCCACAGCCACAACAAAUACUGACACUACAACAUCAAAUAUAGACAGGACAACAGUACAACCACCACAGAGAACAACCAGAACAAGCAGGACAACAGCUAGCGAUGCAUAUACACCUUUCACAACCACUAAAACAUCUGACCAAACUACAAAACAACGGCUGAGGAUCACAGACACUACCACAGCCGCAACAACAAUAACAACUGAGGACAGGACAACAGCAAACCCUCCACAGAGAACUACAGAGGCAGCUACAACGACAACUGUUGGGAAAACAGCGGGACUGCCACAUACAAUUACAAGGACCACAAUUGGCGAUUUACACAUAACUUCGACGUCAGAAACCAGGGCUGUAGACAGGACGACGAGUCAAACUCUUCAGAAAACAACAAGGACAAAACGUACAGAUAGUGGUUUACAUGUGCAUACAAGUUCCACAUUCGCAACAACCACGACCUCGACUGUGGACAGGGCUACAACACCGAAUCCACAGACAACCACCAGGACCACAGUUAACGGUGCACAUGAAGAUUCUACAGCCACAACAACAGCCAUUACAAUAACAAGACGACCACUGAGGACCACAAUCAAAACUCCACAAGAAACAUUUAACAGCGCUAGUAAUUUACGUGGGAGUUCGACAGCCUCAUCAGAUGUGGACAGGAAGACAACUCAAACUCUACAGAGAGCCACUAGGACCACAACUCGUGAUUUACAUACAGGUUUCACAACUACUCGUACAGCACCAACAAACGCUAUAACAACAACAACCACACAAACGCUGAGGACAGCAGAAAAUACUUCUACCAGAACAUCAACUGCGGGCAGGUCUACAACCCAAACUCUAGAAGGAACCACCAUUACUACAGCUAGUAGUUUACACGCAAAUUCUACUGCCACAUCACUAACUGUGGACAAGGCAACAACCCAAACCCCGCAGAGCACUACCAGAACUACAGCUAGCGAUCUACAUACUAGUUCAACAGCCACUGCAACAAUUGUGGAUAAGGCAGCAACAAACGAAUCAACGAGAACCACCAGAGCUACAGUUAGUGGUUUCCAUACAAGUUUCACAGCCAGAGCAACACCAGCCAAUAGUACAACAGCAAGGCAACCAGUGAGCACCCCUCGGGUUACUGGUCAGAACAAUUGCAGUUUCAUACGUUGUCCAAGCACAGUCGUCGAGAUACCCUUACCUGAGAAUCGAAACUUCGUUGAAGUCGACUUCAGAGACCACAUCGGGGCUACUGACGCUGAUUCAAAUGACAUCACACCAGAGGUGGAAAAAGCCGCCUCGGAGAACGUCAAGUACCCGAUUACAGAGUACGAAGUCGGUCCAGACCAAGAACCGCCAUACUUGUUUGAACUCGUGAGGUUUAGGGCCUGCGACGAUACCUGUGAUGUUAGCGUGGUUCUCGAAGACCACACAGCUCCACAACCAGUAAGCUGCCCAACAACAAGUAAGACUGUCGAAGAAGACAGCUGUCGUGAUGUGAAGCUCUAUGACUACUACAACAGCAGCACGAUAGAGUCCUGGUUUCGGGACAACGUCGGGAUUAAUUCGGGACAGUGCACGCGAACUGCAAUUGAUCACAUUGAACAUGGCGAGACGAGAUCUGUUACCUGUUACGCAACGGACAUGGCGGGGAGUCGGUCUGCUGGAUGUGACGUCAGUUUCCACUGCAAGAAGUACGAGUGCCCCAUUAUCGAACCACCAGAGUUUGGGGCAAUCGUCUGCCAUGAGGAGGACCUAAUGGAGAGAUGCACACUCUUCUGCAAGGAGGGCAAAAUUCACAAGAGAAAAAACACCUUCAAGUGCAACCUGGCCAAUCCUUCGUCAACCUGGACAGACGCGAGCAUUGACAAUAAUGUAGUCUGCAGAGACGUCAGAGGUACCGUUCGGUAUGAGAAGUUCACAUUCAACAAGAAUUGUGACCCCGAUGACUUGGAUUUUCAUCUGCUGAUCAAGCAAACGUUAUUAACAAGAUCAGGCCAUGGGCUGUGCCAAGACUUCCCUAGUAUUGAUUGUGACAUCAAAGUGUCUUGUGGAUAUUCGUCCACGGUCGACACAACGACUUUGGUAAAAGCAACGAGUCAAACUCAAAUGAGAACAACAAUAACAACACGUACAGGUAGUGUUUUACAAACAAGAUCCACAUCCGCAAUAACCACGACCUCCAGGGACAGGGCUACAACACCGAAUCGACAGAGCACCGCAGCUAACGGUGCACAUACAGGUUCUACAGCCACAACAAGAGCCGACAUUACAGCAACAACCGGCCAGCCACUGAGGACCACCGAAACAUCAACGGUAUCCAGAACUGCGAAGCAAACUCUACAAGAAGCAACUAUUACCAGCGCCAGUGAUUUACGAAAAAGUUCGACCGCCACAACUGUGGAAAGGAUCACAACUCAAACUCUACAGAGAGACACUAGGACCACAACUCGUGAUUUACAUACAGGUUCCACAUCUGAAACACCAAUUAACGACAUAACAACACAACCGCUGAGAACAGCAGAAAACGCCACUACCAGAACAUCAACCGCGGGCAGGUCCACAGCCGAAACUAUACAAGGAACCACCAGUACUACAGCUAGUGGUUUACAGGCAAAUUCUACCGCCACGUCACUAACUGUAGAGAAGGCAACAACCCAAAUCCCUCAGAGCACUACCAGAACUACAGCUAGCGAUCUGCGUACAAGUUCAACUGCCACUUCAACAAUUGUGGAUAGGGCAACAACAAGCGCAUCAACGAGAACCACAGUUAGCGGUUUGCAUACAAGUUUCACAGCUACAGCAACACCAGCCAAUAGUACAACAUCAAGACAACCCGUGAGCACCCCCCGAGUUACUGGUCAGAACAAUUGCAGUUUCAUACGUUGUCCAAGCACAGUCGUCGAGAUACCCUUACCUGAGAAUCGAAACUUCGUUGAAGUCAACUUCAGAGACUACAUCGCGGCUACUGACGCUGAUUCCAAUGAAAUCACACCAGAGGUGGAAAUAGCCGCCUCGGAGAACGUCAAGUACCCGAUUACAAAGUACGAAGUCGGUCCAGACCAAGAGCCACCAUACGUGUUCCAACUCGUGAGGUUUAGGGCCUGCGACGAUACCUGUGAUGUUAGCGUGGUUCUCGAAGACCACACAGUCCCACAACCAGUAAGCUACCCAACAAAUAGUCAGACUGUCGAAAGAGACAGCUGUCGUGAUGUGAAGCUCUAUGACUACUACAACAGCAGCACGAUAGAGUCCUGGUUUCGGGACAACGUCGGGAUUAAGUCGGAACAGUGCACGCCAACUACAAUUGGUCGUAUUGGAAUUGGAGAGACGAGGUCUGUUACCUGUUAUGCAACGGACAUGGCGGGGAGUCGGUCUGCUGGAUGUGACGUCACUUUCUACUGCAAGAAGUACGAAUGCCCCAUUAUCGAGCCACCAGAGUUUGGGGCGAUUGUCUGCCACGAAGAGGACCUAAUGGAGAGAUGCACGCUCUUCUGCAAGGAGGGCAAAAUCCACAAGAGAAAAAACACAUUUGAGUGCAACAUGGCCAUUUCGUCAACCUGGAUAGACGCGAGAAUUGAACAAGAUGUAGUCUGCAGAAAGUGCCCCAUUAUCGAGCCACCAGAGUUUGGGGCGAUUGUCUGCCACGAGGAGGACCUAAUGGGGAGAUGCACGCUCUUCUGCAAGGAGGGCAAAAUUCACAGAAGACAAAACACCUUCGAGUGCAACAUUGCCGAUUCGGCAACCUGGACAGGCGCGAGAAUUGACAAGGACGUAGUCUGCACUGGUGAGUUGCACUGA